GAGUGAGAGUGAGGAAAAGAGUGAGAGCCCCAAAAGCUGCACCCUACAAUACGAAGGAUGCAGAGAAGGAUAGGCUAUAAGUGCCUCUAAAUAUGUGAAGGUAGUUUAAUGAAUAAGAUAGUGAUUUAAUUGGGUCACCUAAACACAGCAAGAAACAAUGUUCGAGAUCCUUCCACAACAUUCCUUCGCUAUCAGUUUCAGUGGGCGCACCCUCUUCUCCUUCCCCUGUUUCCCCUUAUAUUCACUCCCCUUUCCACCCCAUCUUUCCAUUCAGCGAUUCUCAAUUAUUUCUCCACCCUCUUCUUCUCUCUCGCAACAACCCAUGUCUUCAGAGGCAGAGGUGCCAGAUAUUUCCUCUCUCUUCCAACGCUUCCAGCGGAACAGAGACAUGUCUCUGUUUCUCCCCUUCCUCUUCGGCUUCUCCGACCCGGGAAGAGCUAGCGGCGACCCAGAUCGGGAAACGCCUCCCGCGGAAGCCUCGCAGCGUCAAAGAAUCAUCUUGGUCAACCCCUUGACUCAGGGCAUGGUGGUCAUCGACGGCGCGUCCAGCCUCGAGGCUCUGUUUCGCGAGCUCGGGGGCGGGAAGGGUGGCCGGCCGCCGGCGUCGAAGGAGUCGAUAGAGGCGAUGCCGAGCGUGGAGAUCGGAGAGGGGUGUGGGGAUUUGGAGUGUGUGGUGUGUUUGGAGGAGUUUGGGGUUGGUGGGGUGGCGAAGGAGAUGCCUUGUAAGCAUAAGUUUCAUUCUAGUUGUAUUGAGAAGUGGUUGGGGAUUCAUGGGAAUUGCCCUGUUUGUAGGUAUGAGAUGCCUGUGGAGGAGAGGGAUGAUGGGAAGAAGAGGGAAGAGGAAGGGGGUGGUGAGGUUUGGGUUAGUUUUUCUUUUAAUAGGAGUACUAGGAGAGGCCAUGAUCAUGAUCAUGAUCAACCUGCUUCUGCUGAGUCAAAUGAUGAUUCUUCAUCAAGCCAUGGAGAUGAUGCUGUUGUGAGUUAGAAAAAUUUUGUUUUAUGUUUUUUUUGGGUUGAAAGUGGUGUUGGUUUUCAAGUUGGGGAGGACUGAAAAAUAUGUACAGGCACAUAAGCACAACAUUGUUGUUAUAUCUUGUGGUAAUAAAUAAAAAUGAUUAUUUUUUUUAAUCA